UAACCUCCGCCGCCGCAGUGUAGAGCGCGCGCACCGUCGCUCGCUCUCUCUCUCUCUCUCUCUCUCCCCUUCCUCGAGCGACAAUGGCGCGCCCCCUCCUCUCCCAAACCCUAACCCUAGAAUCCCCAUCCCUCCCCAUCCUCCUCCUCCUCCUCCCCUCGCUCCGCCGCCGCGCCUACAGCCCCGGCCGCGGCCGCCUCGCGGAGAUCGACGACGCCGCCGCCGCCGCCGUCGCCGAGGGCCGCGCCGCCGCCGAGGACGCGGCGGAGCUCGUCCGCAGCGUGAUCGCUCGGCGCAUCGCGCCGUGGUGGCUCCCCUUCGUCCCCGGCUCCUCCUUCUGGGUCCCCCUGCCGCCCAAGGUCGCCGUGAUGCGGUCCCUUCCCCCCACAGUCGCCACGAUGGUCAAGACCCCCGCGACGACGAUGAACGCGGAGGAGAGGCUCGCGCUCAACUCGUCGCGGGGUUGGCCCUCCUCCGCCUACUUCGUCGAAGAAGAGUCCAAUAUCAGUAUGAGGGAGGGUAUUGACUUGGAAAUGACCACAGGUAAAUUACCUGAGCCGGUGAAGAGAAGCCGCAGGAAAGCCGCAGCAGCACAAUCCGAUGACGAAGAAUAAGGAAUCCGCGCAUCUAAAUCAGCGUUGCCACCUCCAAGGAUGUAAAUAUUAGAGGCGGAGCCAAUGAUUAAUCGAUCUCUCAUGCUUUUUUUAUGAAAUUAUGCCUGUAACCUAAAUAAUUUGUCAUAAAGAUACUUCAUCUAAAGAUAUUUUGAUGAAUCUAUUUUUUCUUUUGAAAUCCAAAUUGCUAGUGGGAAUUAGAUUGCCAUCUUUUUAGUCAUGUAUAUAGUUUCAUCACUGCUUGUCUUUUGUCUCUCCAUUUAAGCAUAACACUUGUAUUACUGAGCUUUAUUUUUCCUUGUGAUGCUUUCUAUUCAUUGUA